AUGCUCCACCAUCUGAUGGUAGGCACCUGGACACCCCCGGGUGCCAUUUUCACCUUUCAAUUCGACGACGAGGCUCUGACCCUGAAAUUGAUCAAAAGAACUGAAAUUCCCAAAGAUGAGCCCAUCUCGUGGAUGACCUUCGACACCAUCUACGGAGCUGCCAUGAAGAAGUGGAACAGUUUUUCCGUCAAGAGUCCAACAGAGAUCGAACACACCGCUUCAUUCCCCAUGGAACACGACCCCAAGGCUUCUCAGGCAGAUACCAAAACUCGUGCGAUUUUUGUUCUGGCAGGCAAGAAGCCACCGUAUAACGUGUAUGGCAACCCCUUUUACGACCAUGCUGGCUCAGGAAACGUCUUCUCGGUGAACGAGAACGGAAGUCUCAAAGAGAAUACACAGAACUACGACUACUGCCCGCAAACAGCCAUCCAUGGCAUGGUCUUUGACCCUACGGAAACUUACCUCUACUCUGCGGAUAUGUGGGCAAACAGGGUCUGGUGCCACAAAAAGGACCCAGAGACUGGACACAUGACUACUGUCGGCAGUGUUGAUGCUCCUGCAGCAGGCGAUCACCCUCGCUGGGUCGAGAUGGCACCGAGUGGAAAGUAUCUUUAUGCCUUGAUGGAAGGCGGUAACAGACUUGGAGUGUACUCGAUAGACGAGGAGACUCAUAUGCCUGUCUAUACCAACAAGAUCUAUCCUCUUGUUCCUCCAGAGAACNNAGGCCAUCAGGAAAUCUACCCCAAGAUGUACCGCUCGGACGUUGUUUUCCUCUCAUCCAGCGGCAAAUAUCUGUUCGCGACGUCUAGAUCAAACUCUCCAGACUUGACUGGCUAUAUUGCAGCCUUCAAGCUGUCCGAGUCUGGUGACAUUGAGCGCCAGAUCUGUCUUAACCCUACACCUACAAGUGGCGGACACUCCAAUGCCGUCAGCCCUUGUCCUUGGAACGAUGAAUGGCUAGCUCUGACCGACGACGAAAAGGGCUUCAUCGAGAUCUACCGAUGGAACGAGGAGUUCCUCGGCCGUGUUGCUCAUUGUGAUGUCAAAGAGCCUGGCUUUGGCAUGAAUGCUAUUUGGUAUGACUAG